AUGGCAAUGGCUACUUCUCCAGCUCACGACUCCCAGGCAGGCCUUGUGGGAAUCACCGGAAUGGCCUGCCGAGUCCCUGGGGCCAAGACUGUCCACGAGUUCUGGCAGCUCAUGAAGGAACCAAGGGAUCUUCGCAGGAAGAUGCCAGCUGAUAGGUUUAAUGUGGAUGGGUUCUACCACCCCAAUGGGCAGAACAAGGGCACGUUGAACGCACCGUAUGGGUAUUUCCUGGAUCAGAACCUGGGUGACUUUGAUGCCGGUUUCUUUGGCAUCUCCCCAAAGGAAGCUGAGGCGAUGGACCCUCAGCAACGAUUUGCUUUAGAAGUGGUGUAUGAAGCACUCGAAGACGCGGGAAUCCCAUUCUCUCAGAUCGCCGGUUCUCGAACCUCGGUUUACUGUGGUUCUUUUACCAAUGACUAUGGGAAACUGAUUGACCGAGAUAUGGCCUCGUACCCUACAUACACGGUCACAGGUACCGGUCAAACGAUCCUGUCCAAUCGUAUCUCCUACUUCUAUGAUCUCCAUGGAGAGAGCAUGACCGUGGACACGGCAUGCUCCUCGUCGUUGAUCUGUCUCCAUCUAGGUUGCCAGUCCCUCCGCAACGGCGAAUCGGAUAUGGCAAUAGUCGUUGGCUCAGCCCUUCACUUCGAUCCCAACAUGUUUGUGACAAUGGCUGAUUUCGGUAUGUUGUCCCCUGAUGGACGAUCCCGGUCCUUCGAUGCAAAUGGCAAGGGAUAUGCCAGAGGUGAGGGCAUAUGCGUGGUAAUCCUGAAGCGGCUACAUGAUGCCGAGGAAAGCAACGACCGCAUUCACGCAGUGGUUCGAGCCACUGGGGCGAAUCAUGACGGCACCAAGAACGGAAUCACGCUGCCCAAUCCGGCGGCCCAGGAAGCACUUAUGCGGGACGUGUAUCGGAGAGCCGGGAUAUCGACAAAGGAUACUGUAUACUUCGAGGCUCAUGGAACGGGAACCAAAGCAGGAGACCCACGGGAAACUCGAGCGGUUGGAGCCGUUUUCGCAGACGAUGGCCGCUCAGAGCCCCUGUACAUCGGAUCCGUGAAGAGUGUUAUCGGCCAUCUUGAAGGGGCGGCUGGUUUAGCCGCUGUGAUCAAGGCGACGCUGAGCGUCAAGAAUGGCCAGAUUCUUCCGAACAUGCAUUUCAUCCAGCCAAACCCGGAGAUUGACUUUAAGAAAUGGAAUCUACACGUCCCUACUCGGGUGGUUGACUGGCCUGCUGACCAUCCCUGCCGUCGGGCAAGUAUUAAUUCUUUUGGUUACGGAGGCUCCAAUUGCCAUGUUAUCGUGGAGGCAUACAGUUCCCGAAACAAUGCCCCUGGUAACUAUACCGCAUCUGACCGUCGAUAUCUUCUCCCCAUCGCUGCGCACUCGGAGAAGGUGGGAAAGAAGGUCGCGACGGCGUUGCGAGACUAUCUCCUUCAACAUCCGCAUGUCAGUAUGGCCGACCUGGCAUAUACCCUCAGCCAUCAUCGUGCCAAUCAUGAGAAACGGUCCUUUGUCAGCGCAGUAUCCGCUGCAGAAGCAGCUGCCUGUCUGGGAGAUUCAGAAAAGCCCCUGGUCUGGAACACAGUUAAACAGACCAGGCGUUUGGGCUUCGUGUUCACCGGACAGGGAGCACAAUGGGCACGUAUGGGUGCCACCUUGUUGGAUAGCUCUGCCCCUUUCCGCAGGGCCAUUGACGAGUAUGAUAGAAUCUUGCAAAGCCUGCCCGAUUCACCCGACUGGACCGUCAUCGAUGAAUUGAAAAAGAGCAAAGAAGAGUCUCGGAUCAACAAGCCACAAUUCUCCCAGCCCAUGUGCACUGCAGUUCAAUUAGGACUCCUAGCACAGCUGCAGGAGUGGGGGAUCAAACCCUCUGCAACAGUAGGGCAUUCGUCUGGAGAAAUCGCCGCAGCGUAUGCCGCCGGUCUCAUCUCUUUCUCUUCCGCUACCGUCAUUUCAUACUACCGUGGAAGAUAUACCUCGCAAGAUUCGUCGAACACACCUCGGGUCCCUGGAGGCAUGCUUGCUGUUGGAAUGACCGAGGCAGAGGCGCAAAAGGCGCUUGAACACUACCAUGGUCGAAUCUGUGUGGCAGCGAUCAACAGCCCGUCGAGUCUUACCUUGUCGGGUGACCUGGAUGCUAUCAGGGAGCUCAAGGAGACGCUGACACAGCAGAAGCUCUUUGCGCGGUCCCUGGUGGUGGAACAGGCCUACCACUCGCAUCACAUGCUUCCCUUCUCUGACGUUUAUCUGCAAGCGAUGGAGGGCUGUGCUCAUCUUGCCCCUGCUCAGCCAGCCGCUGUGUCCAUGGUCUCAAGUGUUACGGGUCGUCGCCUUCAUGAACGCGCAGCUGGGCCCCAAUACUGGGUAGACAACCUUGUCUCGCCUGUCCGGUUCUUCGAUGCGGUGACGGAAACGGUCUUUGACGAGGCCGACCACGUCCAGGUUGAUGCCUUUGUCGAGAUUGGGCCUCACCCUGCCCUUAGAGGGCCUGUUCGACAGACCCUGGCGUCACUCGCCCUUGAAAUCCCCUAUGUGGGAACUCUCUCUCGUGGUGUUGACGAUUUUCAAUCUUUGCUCACGACAGCAGGGCAGCUUCAAUCCCUCGGAUACCCAAUUGAUAUGGAUAAAGUCAACGGUUACGAUACCUGUCUGAGACAGCGAGUCGACGACCUUCCCACUUACCCCUGGGAUCAUGUUCGAUAUUGGGCUGAAACCCGCCUCGCUACCGCAUAUUUGCAACGCAAGUAUCGUCACCCUCUUCUGGGUGCUCCCCAACCGGAUUCGACAAGCCAGACGAAUCGCUGGCGGAAUUAUCUCCGCCUCAAAGAGAUUCCUUGGCUUGCGGGUCACAGGGUACAGGGUCGAGUGAUCUUUCCGGCGGCCGGGUAUCUCAGUUUAGCAGCAGAGGCCGCAUACCGGGUCCAGGAGGUCGGUUCCGUGAGCGUUUUCAGGUUCCGGGAGGUGCAUAUCAAAGCUGCGCUUGAGCUCUCCGACAAUGAGACCGGAACAGAAAUAAUAUUUGAACUUCGGAUGUUAGCCGGCAAGGUUGGAUCACGGGCCGGAGAAUGGCAGUUUAUCCUUCACUCCUUUGAUGCGAAAGGCAAUUCCAGGGAGCAUUGCCAUGGCAUUGUUAGCAUCGACAAUGACAACACCCCUGACGCAUUAUCGAAGACCAGCACUCUCGCGGAUGUCACGACCGAUUUGGACAUCGCAGCCUCUCGGACCGUAUCCGACGAGCGUUUCUAUCACAAGCUCCACGCUCUCGGUCUGGAGUAUGAUGGUCCAUUCAAGCUGCUCAGGGGAAUGAUCGAGUCUCAGGCUGGUUUCGCUACGGCUACCGUCGCAGCUCCGGCUCCAGAGUCAUCCGGCAUUUGUCUACUGGAUCCCGGAUUUCUGGACGCAACUCUGCAUCCCAUCUUCGCUGCAGUAGAGGCGGAACUAGGGAGGCCGAUCACGCAAGCAUUCCUGCCCGUUUAUGUGGACACCCUUGAGAUAUCGGGUCUGCUGCUACGGAAGCCAUGUCCUGCUGACAUGAGGGUGUUUUCGCGCGCGAAGAGAGUUUCUGGACGGUCACUAAUAGCGAGUGUCCAUGUGUACGAAGCGUCGGAAACAUCUCUUCUUACGCUGAAAGGACUGGAACUUCGAGCCCUUGGGACGGACUUGAGCGCAGAGAACCAGCGGUCUCUGUUCCAGAAAGUCCGGUGGCUGCCCUGCUUUGAUCUGCUGAGUUCGACGAGGCACGCAGCUGAUGAUCUUGCUAGUUUCUCGAUGGAGAGCUUGUUGGAUAUGUUCGCUCAUCAGCAUCCCAAUGCCUCCAUUCUUUAUAUAAUGUCGGAUGUCGGGAGCACGUUCAAGCAGCUGGUGAAUGGGAUUGGACUGCAAGCUCGUACCCGAAAGAGGUACAAGGAUAUCACAAUUUUCUCUCCAUCUGUGAGUACCGUUGAGGAGUUGGAGGCAUUGAAGAGACUAGGGAACUGGCCGUCUGUGUCUAUACUGUCCGAGAUCCCAUCCCAGAGGUCUUUUGAUUUGGUCGUUGCCUGCAAGCAGAUGACUCUGCCUCCAGAGCUCGUGAAAAUGAACGGCGUCCUCAUAAGCGACGCUAGAAUUGUACCAGAAAGCCACAAUAUGGUUAGGCGGUUCCAGCAUGGUCAUAUCGACUGCUGGCAGAAAACUUCCCCCAGCGGGCGUGAUGGUGCUGUUCAACCGACUGCGGUCGUGACAACGACCGCCCCAUCCUCCCGGACGAUGCAGCUCAUCGGCCUUCUAGAGAAGAAAGGUAGUCCUAUCACGAGGACUACAUUUACUGAGCUGGAUGGGGUCGCGCUUCAGGAUAUGCCAGAGACACUCAUCGUGUUGGAAACGCUCGAUGAGUGCUUCCUUCACCAGAUGGACUCCGGUCACUCAGCUUAUUUCGAUGGCAUGAAGGAAUUACUCUCAACUCAUGGCAAGCGUAUUAUCUGGGUGUUGGAGGGAUCCGCCUUCGAGCCAACCAACCCACAGCAUGCCAUGAUCUACGGAAUGCUGCGCGUGGCCCGAAGCGAAAAUGAGCUCUCUCAGAUCGUCUGUUUGGAUGUCGCCCCCAGCAGUGAAGCUCCCCAGAUAUUCCAAGCGAUGGAGUCUCUCCUGAACCCCCAGGUCACGGCUGAAGAUGAAAUUGCAGCGCGGAACGGCAUGUACUACAUUCCUCGUCUGGAGAUGGAUGACACACUCAAUGGCAAGCUAUUCAACGGCUACGGACGAUCGCCAUUGCAGGCCCCAUUAGCGCAAGAGCAAGUGUUGCAGUUGCGAUCAACAGCCAUUGGCCCCCGCCGGGGCUUGAUGUUUGACCCGGUGUCGAUGCCGGCACUUGGUGAUGAUGAACUGGAGAUUGAGGUUAAGGCAACCGAAAUUAUGCAGAAAGACGCUCUGGAAGCUCAGAGGGACUCAUCUGAUGCCCGAUAUGGAGGCGAUUGCGCUGGCAUUGUCGUGCAGAAAGGAUAUAAUAUCCGCGACGAGGAAUUCACCCUCGGUGACCGAGUGGCUGUCAUCCGCCCUCUGGGGGGAUCCAUUCGAAAUCGUUUACGCAUACCAGCCGCUUACUGCCGCCGCCUGCGAGAUGAUGAACCAUUCCAUCUGGCUGUACUCUGGCCCACCUCUGUGGCGAUGGCGUACUACGCCCUCGUUCAUCUUGCGCACGUCGUCCCGGGAGAAAUCGUCCUGGUACUCUCGGCAGAGAGUGAAACUGGACAGGUCAUUCUGCAGCUUGCCAAGCACCUCGGAGCAACGGUUCUUGCGAUUGCAAAUACAAUGAGUGGGAAACUGAGCUUGCUCAAUUCCUUCCCGGAUUCAACUGUUCUCACCCUGGAUGAAAUUACGAAUUCGAGCACUCAGACGUUCGGACGAGCGGACGUCAUCCUGAGCAACCAUGGGGUCAACCCAAGAUGGUAUCAUGGGGAAUUAUUAGGGCCAUGCGGGCGCUUUAUCGAUUACUCUGACAUUGAAGGUACCACGAGUCAUAUUGCAGAUGACAGUCAGGCUGAUGAAAUCUUGAUCCAUAGCGAAGUCUGUGCCAGGAUUGACCUCGACUGUCUUCUCAAGCAUCGACCAGUGCUGGUUUCUGAAGUCUUAGAAGUCGCGCACAAUUUGGUUAGAGAGAGAAUCGUGAAUAUUGGAGGCAAAGAGCCCAAGAUAUUCUCAUUCUCACAACUACAACUUGCAUUUGACCACCUGGCAUCUAUGCAGGACACUGUGCCUACUAUCAUCACGGCCGAAGACGGCUGUCAAGUCAGCGUCUCGCCACCAUCCUUCGGCUCCACCCCAUUCAUCUUCUCCCCGGACAAAGUGUAUCUUCUCGUGGGGGGCCUGAGCGGUCUUGGCCUUGAGCUGGCCGAAUGGAUGGUGCUCCGUGGCGCGCGUCAGCUUGCUUUCAUGUCUCGAUCGGGUGCAGGAAACGCCGCUGCGACUGCUAUGCUGGCGAGAUUGGCGGCAAAAGGGGCGCGAACAACGGUGUACCGAUGCGAUGUGACCGAUUUCUCCGCAGUGGGACAAUGCAUCAUGCAGAUAGGGCCUCAGUUAGGCGGUAUUUUCCAUGCCGCUGCGGUGAUUGAUGACUGCCCCCUGCAGCAGAUGUCCGUUUCCCAAUGGUGUCGCACAAUCUCGCCCAAGGUCCGCGGAGCAGACAACCUUGAUCGAGCAACAGCAGGCAUGGACUUGGACUUUUUCAUCUGCUUCUCCUCUGCCUCAGCAGUGGUUGGAACCAAGGCCCAGGCAAGCUAUGUGGCCGGCAACACCUACAUGGACGCCCUGAUGCGGAGCCGUCGACAGCGCGGACUAAGUGGCACGGCCAUUAAUAUCGGCAUGGUGAUAGGGAUUGGUCUGGUCGCUGCGGAUGCUAAGCUUGAGGCAAGCAUGAAACGGACUGGUUUCGAUCCGGUCAAUGAGUAUGAAUUCUUCUGUCUGAUAGAAGAGGCAGUUCAGACAGGACGCUCGCUGACGACCUCCGACGACGGGAACAUGGAGAGUUUCCGGAUUGUUACUGGGGCUCGCGUGACAGGGCCACAGUGCUUCUGGCACAAGAAACCUCUUUUCCGUCAACUAGCUGUUAUAUGUGAUGAAGAGGAAGAUAGUCCGGCUGCAAAGAGUGGGAAGAAAACGGACCUCAUCCCACUACUGCGUGCAGCGUCUGAUAACAAGGCGAGGUCCGAACUGGUCAUGUCCACCUUCUUUGAGACUCUCUCCAAGAUCACCGGCGUCGCAGUGGAUAACCUCAUUCCCGACAAGGCGCUUGUCAGCUACGGACUCGACUCGUUGGUGGCCAUGGAGAUCCGCAACUGGUUCUUCAAGACGCUCCAGGUGAAUGUCGCGGUAUUUGAAAUUCUUGGCUCAGAGAGUAUCGCUAGCCUAGUUUCUAGGGUGGUCAAGGACAUUCCAGAAAGCCUUCUUCAAGCGGAAAUGUCCCCAGAAACAGUUCCUAUCGCAGCUGUGAAGGUCCAGUUGCAGCGGGCCUCCAUUGGAAAGGUACCACGGCCAAGGCACAUCCCCAUGUCCUCGUACCAGACGCGGUUCUGGUUCAUGCAUCAGAUGGCGGAGGAUAAAUCUGCACUCAAUGUUUCUGUUACAUUGCAUCUGCGAGGACAGCUUGACAUCGGCGCUCUGUCGGCCGCGUUUGCCUCAAUACGACAACAGAACGAAGUCCUACGGACUGCGUUUGUCAUGGGAGACGAGUUUCCAGAACAGGUGGUGGUCAACAAGGACCACUACGAGAUUUCGAUUGAGAAUCUCUCAUUUGCAGCAAAUUCCGAGCAGGCGGUUUCAAUUCGCAUAGCCCAGCUCAGAAGCCGGGUUCUUGAUAUCGAGUCCGGCGAGACGGUAUCCAUAUCCCUGCUGAAAAUGGCACCCGACCGAUAUGCCAUUGUUUUGAUCGUGCACCACAUUGUAACUGACCGAGGCAGCUCAAAAGCCUUCCUCGAUCAACUUGUCACGUCCUACAACGAUGUGGUGUCAGGGAAAUCUCAAGAUGCGGUCCAGAUCGACCGGAGGACGCAGUACAUUGACUUCACUCUGUGGCACGAACAUCUUCUGCACAGCCCGGAGAUGAAACCACACCUCGAGUACUGGAUCUACAUGUUCAAGGAGACACCACCGGUCAGUGAAUUGCUUCCAUUUGCCCGUCCGCGACCGCAGACACAGUCCUUCAAGACAUCGUCUCUGUCGGCCACCCUAUCUGCGCCCCUGCUUGCCCGCAUGAGGCGUAUCGCAGCGCGAUUAGGUAGCACAGUCCCGCAAUUCAUUAUGGCGGCUUUACGAGUGCUUCAUUACCGCUACACGCAGCAGGAGGAUCUCACCAUCCACAUGGUUCACGGUGAUCGGCCCCAUCCCGAUGUUCACGACAUGCUGGGGAACUACGUCAACCUCCUUCCCAUCCGGUAUCGCCUCGAAUCACCCGACAUUACGUUUGACGCACUACUUGAACAGCUGCAGCACCGGGUCUGGGAGGCAAUGGAACAUGCCGCUAUUCCUUUCGAUAUGAUCGUGCGAGAAGCCGCCGUGCCACGGUCUAGCAGCCACUUCCCUCUUGGCCAGUUGGCAUUCAAUUACCAGAGCCACGGACACAUGAAGAAUUAUAGCACCCGGCACUUUGACAUUGGGCGAUAUGAGACUGUCGACAUUCCUACUGCGUGCGAUAUGAGCUUUGAGGCAAUUGAAGAUGCACAGGGUGGGCUGAAGUUUAAUCUGGAGUAUUCCCAAGCGUUGUAUAACAGCGACGAUAUGGAUCAGUUCCUUGAGAAUUUCCUGACCUGCUUGUCCUCGUCACUCAAGGAUUAUCGUCAGCCAAUCAAUGAGAUCCUCAUUUGCGGUUCAAAGGAAAGAACGCUUCUGGAGAAGUGCCGAAGUCAACCUGCCAGCGAUUUUGAUUCCCAGAUGGACAUCGCACAGAUCAUCUGCCAUCAAGCGGUCACUUGCCCUUCGUCUGUUGCACUACUCGACUCGGAUGGACAAAGUAUGACCUACUCUCAGCUGGUCGAUGCGGCAAAGAAGGUUGCUGCGAGCAUCCAGACCUGUGGUGCUAAGCCUGGAGAUACUGUGGGACUGCUUGCGACCCCCAGCGUUGACUUGCUUGUAUGCAUGAUAGGAAUCGUCUUCAGUCGAUGCGCCUUUGUGGCAAUGGAUCCCGACUUCCCUGAAGAGAGGCUGCAGUAUAUGGCUACGGACUCAGGGUGCGCGUUGAUUGUGACUGAUCUAGAGCCGAAUGGUCAGGAGAGGCGAUUCAGGCAAACUGUGAUCAAUAUCCGUUCAGUGACCAGUAAACCUCCAGUUCGAUCAUUUCAAUUGGCAACAUUUGAAGCGGAUCAUCCUUUUUACGUCACUUAUACUUCGGUAUGUCUGCUCUUCCUAUCACAGGAGGAUACAAAUUUACAGGUCAAUACUGACUACUGGCAGGGGAGCACUGGCAAACCGAAAGGCGUGGUGAUGCGCCACCGCAACGCGCAACCGAUGCUCCAAGACAUCCAGGGAGAAUUCCACUUUGACUCCCAUGAACACUUCCUUCUGGCAACCUCCAUAUGCUUCGAUCUAUCUGUCUUACAAAUUUUCACUCCCUUGUUAGUCCGCGCAACGGUGUGCAUCUCUUCGGCUGCUACCCGACGGGACCCCCUCCUCCUGGCGCAGUUCAUGAAGCAGAGCAGCGUCACCUUCACCUACUUCACGCCAUCCCAAUUCGCAGUGCUAGUGGAAGGUGCAGAGGACGAGCUGCGUGGAUGCAGCACCUGGCGCACGGCAUUUUUCUGUGGAGAGGUCCUUCAUCCCCGGCUCGCUCGACAGCUGUACGGCCUCCAGACACCGGCGGUUAUCUACAAUGCCUAUGGUCCGUGUGAAGCUAUGGUCCAGAUUACCCUCCAACGGGUCGAUAGGUCUGUCUCCGAGGACCAGCCAAUUUCCAUUGGGCGGCCUUUGAAACACUCUUGGUGCUAUGUUAUGGAUGCUGGCCUGAAUCCCAUCCCGGCCGGGGUCAUUGGAGAACUAUGUGUCGGCGGACCCCAGGUUGGGGACAGUUAUAUCAAUCGACCGAAGGAGAGCAGAAGAGCGUUCUAUCCUGAUCCGUUCGCCCAUAGUUCAGUUAGACAACAGUCGUCUCACAUUUUCCGCACAGGAGACAUGGCCCGGCUGAACCGCAACGGGACGAUCGACUAUAUUGGCCGCAUGGCGGGAACUACACAGGUGAAGCUUCGAGGAUACCGUCUUGAUCUCCUUGAUAUCGAGCAGAAUAUCCUGAUUGAAGAUGGUGCUACUGGAACCAAGGACCUUGCUGCGGCCUGCGUUGUGGCACGCACUUUGAACACCAGCACUACGGGACAUACUCUCGCUGACGAGAGGCAGCUGAUCGCCUUUCUAGUACUGCGAGAUUCCUGCGUCACUUCACCCCAUGAGGUUGUAUCUCGACUUCACCGCGGCCUUAGCAGGAGGCUCACCCACUUCAUGCUUCCCGGUGGAUAUCACAUUCUUCCUUGCCUGCCACAAACUAUUGGAGGUAAGACAGACCGCCAGAGUUUGCUGACCAUGCCAUUGAAUCUCGUUUACCCCCACUUGCAUCAGCAUGGUGGUAAGGAGAGCAAGUCAGAGGAUGAGAUCGAUGCAAAGUCAGUCUAUGGCUGGGUCGAGCAGCUAUUUCGGUCGACUCUGAACCUUAAACCAACGCAUAUCCUCGAUGCAGAAAGCAGCUUCUUUGAGCUUGGAGGCCACAGUGUACUUCUCCUCACCGUUCAAUCCGCAAUCAACCGCAAGUUUAAGGUAAAGAUUUCGUUGCGGGAUAUCGUCGACGAACCAACACCCAGCGGAGUGAUGGCGCACAUCUGCACCAUGAGAGGGAUCCCAUUCGAGCUCCCGAGCAAGAGCACCUCGUCUACGGGAACAAGAACGUCGAUCACUCCCAGUUCCACGUCCAGUGAGGUCCCAUUCCGUGUCACCUCGGGCAGCACCAGCCCAAGCGGUGCAACUCCUGUCAUGGAAAAGAUCAAGAUCAGCGAGGAGAUGAUGAAGGAGCGUCUCAACAGCACGAAGGCUGUUUUCCAAAUUGACUGGGAUGAGGAAACUCUGCUCCCCGUGGAGGACCGGUACCAUAUCCCUGUCGGAGGGGAAUCUGCUGCUCCGCAGCGGAUGACCGACAUCUUUAUCACCGGUGUCGACACCUUUGUCGGAAUCCAUUUCUUGGCCGAAGUCCUGGCUCGCUCCGAUGUGACAGUCCACAUUAUCGGCACUUCCCGCCGCAUCCGCCAUACCAGCGUCAUUGAGAGUCUGCAGAAGUAUGGGCUGUUGCGCGAUUCAGUCUCCUCGGGGACUGUCUGGGCGCGUGCGCGUUGCUACCACGGUGACAUGACACGGCCACAUUUCGGUCUCACCACAUCAGAAUUCCAUCGCCUCGGGGCCCGCAUCCAGGCCAUCUACAACCUAGGAGUAUACGUCUCACUGAUCCAGAAGUACUCCAACCUCAGGACAGUCAACACGCGCGCCAUCUUGGACGUCAUUGAACUGGCCGCUUGCGGUCCUCAUGUUUCCACAAUCCACCACCUCUCCACCUUCAGCGUGCCGCAUCUGCAGUCCUGGACGAAGUCCGUCCGCAUACAGGAUUCAUACUCUCUGACGGAAACACCACCAACCGACUACCGGCCUUCCACUUCCGACGACCAUGGCUACAUUAAGGCCCGCUGGGCAGCUGAGAUGCUUCUCGCUAACGCAGCCGAUCGCGGGUUCCCAACCUGCAUCUACAGAUCAUCCAUGCCCACUGCCAGUACGCAAACACAAAUCCCCCCAGCCGAGAACGGAGUCAUCGAGCGGAUCGUGACGCUCAUGCUGCAAACGGGCUACGUGCCUGAGCCACAGCCAGAACAGCCGGAUAUGGCUGUCGACUUGGUCCCUGUGAAUAUACUGUCAUCGUGGCUCUAUCUCCUGUCGACGGUGCCGCCGGAGACAGACCGGCUUCGCAUUUGGCAUCUCACCAACCCGCACCCUUUACCGUUCACUCAGAUUCUGGACGUCAUUCCCACAUUAGCUAACGGCCCGGGUCGUGGUGAACUGCUUAGUUUGGAGGCGUGGCUUGAGCGGGUUGAGAAGGUCUGUAGCGUCUCACAGAGAGAUCAGUUGAUAUGGGCCGCAACGACGAAUCUACUGAGGGAAGGUCAUAAUAUGUUUCAGUUGGAUGGGCAAAGCACGCAGUUAGCAUUGAAGCGGUUCCCUGAAGCGCUCAAGUGUCCUGCUGUGGAUGCCAGGUACCUUGACCAGUUGCUAAGCGCCAGGAAUCUGUAA